UAACUCUACACCUUGUCUUUCACUUCACUCUCCUGCAGUUGUUCUGGUAAGAGCCAUGCAAUUCUCUCCGGGCUGUUUGGUGUUGGUGUUCUCCCUUUUCCAUAGUGCACCUAGAGCUCCGGCCACUGUGGUUGAGGACUUCAACCAUGUAGAACGAUGCAAGGAUUCCUUAUACAUGGGAACCCCACCACGGGGAAUCAUUGAAGCCAAACUGAAGAAGAUCUGUCAGCGCUAUGCAGACAAGCCACGCUUCGUGACCCUGUACGACCCUCAGAAACGAAUCCCUGUCUACUCAGCCUACUCCUUCAAGAAGACAGAGGGAGACCGGCGCGUGGACUACCCCUGGAUGUAUGAGCCACAGCUGGCAGAGGUUGAUGGCAAUGGAAACAUGCUACCCUUCCCUACCGGCUACCUGCACAUGAAGUUUGAGGACAGCCAAGCAGUGCUGGAUGACUACUCUGACGUAGUACUGUAUGAACGUGGCCACCUGAACCCAGACCAGCACCAGUCUGACCCUCAUGACCGUGCCUCCACUUACACCCUGACCAACGUGGUGCCAGAGAUCAGAGAGUUCAACAUUGGGCCGUGGCGUGAGCACGAGGAGCGUAUCCGUGUCCGCCUCAACAACUACUGCCGUGGCACCGCCUUCAUUGUCACAGGGGUGACCACUACAGGUCACAUGAUUCGCCGGAACAACCAGGACCGCGUGGCCAUCCCUGAGGACGUGUGGACUGCCUACUGCUGCACUGACUACGACCGCAACGCCCCCCACGAUGUCCGCAUCCGCUUCCCCUCCCAGGCUGCCCUGGCCAAGAACGCCAAGGAGGGCAACACGGUCCACGAGAUAACUGUCCAGGACUUGGAGAACUUCCUGAAGACCCGGAUGGACGUGGACCAGAACCUGCAGCUCUUCUAUGACAACUGCAUCUCCCCCUCUCCCCUCCCUCUGUACCUCCACCACACCAUCUAAACGCUCCACAGCAGCUACCAUACACACCUACUCUCUGUGCUCUGUGUAUCUCAAAUGUGUAUGCUCAGUGCGCUAGUAGUUUUUAUAAUGAUUAAAUAUGAUGUACACUGGCAGUUUGUUAAAAGUUUUGUACUUGUAACAGAACAUUCAUAGCAUUUGGUCAUGCUUUGGAUAUGCUUUAUUAUCUAAGAUCUGCUUUGCAAAUGACUUCUGUUGUAGUGUAGGGUAAUUGUCCUUCCAAAUGACUUCUGUUGUAGUGUAGGGUAAUUGUCCUUCCAAAUGACUUCUGUUGUAGUGUAGGGUAAUUGUCACUCUAUUUUCUAUAUUUCUCUUUGUAACUGCAAUUGGCUUUGCCGCUAUCUGUCCCCUUAUAAAACAGCUCAGUGGCAUUCAAAUACAAUGGUGUAGUGUGUCAACCAUUCAUGGAAAGGUGUUAUCUGCGCAUAGUUGGAAAGUGGUUGUAAAAUGGACUAUACCAUCAAAGGCUGUAAAGAGCGUAUCUUCUUUGAAUAAAACAAAUGAGUUCUCUGA